AUGCUGUUCAGCGCGCUCUCGUCAUUGCUCUCGAAGGCCUCGAAGCUCGAUGUGCUCGGGCGUCUCGCGCUCUUCUAUCUCGUGCUCAAGCUUCUCAAGGCGCUCAAGGCCAUGUCCAGCGCCAAGCACCUCCUGCCGCGCACGGAGCUCGCUCUCGGGGCCGUCGAUCCGCAUCCGCACGCGCAUGCGUACUACCGCCACUUCCAGCCGUCGGCUGACAAGAACCUCUGGCUCUACUCCACGUGGUGGCUACCCGCGGCCAACGUCAAGGCGUGGAAGGGCGUCAUCUUCCUCGUCCACGGCUUCAACGACCACAUUAGCCGCUACGAGCACGUCGGGCGCUUCCUCGCAGCGCACGGGUAUGCUGUCUUUGGCAUGGACCACCAGGGCCAUGGACUGAGCGAAGGCGAGCCGCUGUACGUCGAGCGCUUCACCGACUACAUUGCCGACUACCGCCAGUUUAUGCACCACGUGCUCAGUCUUUCGAGCGACUCGCCGUACGCGCUGCAAACCGACAUGCACAUCCCCAAGGGCACCGAGCUCAAGAGCCUGCCGCGCUUCGUCCUCGGUCACUCGAUGGGCGUUGUCAUCACCGUGCUCACGGUGCAAAAAUCACCGGAGAUUGACUGGACCGGCGUGAUCCUCUCGGCCGGGGCCGUCAAGGUCGACCCGGUCACCGCGCCGUGGCAUCUGCGCUUCCUCGCGAGCGUGCUCUCGAGCGUCGUGCCCAAGCUGCGCUUCCCGGACGAAGGCUUCCCGCACCUCUCCAACAACCCGCUCAUCUACCAGCGCGCGCUCCGGGACCCGCUCUGCCACAAGCUCGGCAUGACGCCGCGUUGGGCGCACGAGUUCUUCACGUCGUGCGACCUCGCGCUCGCGGAAGCGCCCAAGUUCAAGCACGACGUGUUGCUCUUCCACGGCGACAAGGACGUGAUUGCGUUCCCGUCGGGGUCCCAGGAGUUUUACGACAAGGCGGCGAGUACCAACAAGACGCUGCACAUGCUCGAGGGCCGCGAGCAUGAGCUCUUGAACGAAGACGACCACGAAGACAUGCUUCGGACGAUCGUCGAUUGGUGUGCGAAGCAAGCGCGUGAGAAGGCAGCGACAGGGCUCGUCGACGUGGCGGCAUAA